GAAAAACAAUCUCCAAAACAGAAGUUAAGAAAAUGCAAUUAGGUGAUGGUAGUUGCAUCAACUCUUGGUUAAACCGAAAGCACCUGAAAAAUUUCUGCAGUGCAAGAGUUUGGUUUGACAAUGCAGAAACAAAUUGAAAUCAAAUGGUACAAGAAAACAUCUUUAUCAGAGUGGUUGCUAGCUACUUAAGUAUCAAUCAACACAUUGAGAAACAACAGGAUCAGUACAUUUUUCAUCAAUGGAGCAUAUGAAACUCUUAUUGAUCUUAAUUACUGUUCUGCUCAACACACCAAGUCUGACUCGGAGCGUCGAUGAUGUUCUUGUUCAUGAGUACUACCAAGACAAGUGUCCCUUGGCUGAAGAGAUAGUGAGACACAAUGUUGAAGUAGCAGUGUUGAAAGAUCCUCGUCUGGCAGCAUCAUUACUGCGACUACACUUUCAUGAUUGUUUUGUGAUGGGGUGCGACGCAUCGGUGCUUUUGGACAGCGUUGAAGGGAUGGCAAGCGAAAAAGAAGCAGGACCAAACAAGGAUUCACUGCGUGGAUUUGAGAUCAUAGACAAGAUCAAGUUCUUGCUUGAAGAGGAAUGCCCCCUAACAGUUUCUUGUGCAGAUAUUCUUGCACUUGCAGCUCGCGAUGCAGUUCAACUGAGAGGAGGACCGAGAUGGGACGUGUUGCUUGGGAGAAAAGACUCUCUAGAAUCGAGUUUCAGCGGCGCAAACUUGUUUAUCCCAGCUCCAAAUUCCUCCUUGGAAGCUCUCAUCAACAACUUUGCGCAGCAGGAACUCGACAUAGGAGACUUGGUAGCUCUAUCAGGUAGCCACACCAUUGGAAGAGCAAGAUGUGUGAGCUUCAGGCAAAGAAUCUAUGAACCGAAGCAGGAAUAUCACUAUGGCUAUGAUCACUAUAAGCGUUACACAAGCUUCCGAAGGAUCCUACAGUCCGUGUGCCCCAUUACUGGAAGGGACAACAAAUUUGCACCGUUGGAUUAUGAGACCCCAAACAGGUUUGACAACCAUUACUUCAUUAAUAUUCUACAAGGGAAUGGUUUGUUAGGCUCUGAUAACGUGUUGAUUAGUCAAGAUUACGAUGGUAGAAUUACGGAGCAGGUUUGGGCUUAUGCCGCCAAUGAAGACCUUUUCUUUAAGUCGUUUGCUAGAUCCAUGAUCAAGAUGGGGAAUAUUAAUGUACUUACUGGAAAUGAAGGGCAAAUUAGGCAAAAUUGUAGGUUCGUCAAUGCUUAGUUUGACUUUGAGAAUUUCUAUUUUAUGUUUAUUCUAUUUCAUAGAAUAUAAGUUUUGUUUUUCUUUCGGUCAUGUAAAAUCCUCAAUAAUGUUUUCUUUCAAUUUUAUUA